AUGCUGCCAGCGCCUAUCUGGUUUCGAAUCUUCCACCGUCUGCAUCUGCCGCCCUCCCAACCGGACGUCCCUGCUAUCCUCGCCCAACGGAAAACACCCGAGCAUCCCGCUGCGAUGGCAGAGCGAUGGGCCCGUGAGGCUGAAUGGUUCCGCACUCCUGGGUUCACAGCCUGGCAGCCGUGGGGCCACCCUGCAAGCAGCGCCGGGCUCACUGCCUGGGGCCAGCUGGGCCAGCCUGCAAGCAGCGCAGGGCUUACUUCCCAGCCGAGCCAACCUGCAAGCAGCACAGGGGUCACUGCCCAGCUGGGCCUCCCUGCAAGCAGCACAGGGGUCACUGCCCAGCUGGGCCUCCCUGCAAGCAGCACAGGGGUCACUGCCCAGCUGGGCCUCCCUGCAAGCAGCACAGGGGCCACUGCCUGGGGCCAGGUGGGCCAGCCUGCAAGCAGUGCAGGGCUCACUGCCUCGGGCCAGAUGGGCCAGCCUGCUAGCAGCGCAGCGCGCGCUCUCCAGAUGUUCCACGCCGAAUUUGGUCGGCCGGGCCACCUUGCAAACAGCACACAGUUCACCCCCUGGGGCCAGAUGGGUCACUCUGCGAGCAGCACAGGGAUCACCGCCUGGGGCCAGAUGGGUCACUCUGCAAGCAGUGCAGGGCUCACUGCCUGGGACCAGCAGGGCGACCCUGCAAGCAGCACAGGGCUUCCUUCCCAGCUGGGCCAGCUGGGCCUACCUGCUGGCAGCACAGGGGUCACUGCCUUCGCAGCACACGCUCUCCAGAUGUUCCACGCCGAAUUUGGCAAUCCGGGCCACCCUGCAAGCAGCGCAGGGCCCACUGCCUGGGACUGGCAGGGCGACCCUGCAAGCAACGCACAGAGGGAAACCGGAACCGACGACCAUCUCACCCACACUGACCAUCUCACCAACACCAAGAUUGAUCGCGAUCGUCCGCCAGUUGUGUUUCGGGAAGAAGGCCUCGCUGCCAGAGAGCAGCACAAGGAAAACGCUGACACCUAUGGUGCAUCAUGGGCUCUGCUCUGCUGCGCGCUCGCCAGCAAGAGGCUUCUCAAUCUCGUUGUUGCUUUCUCUGAGAGCCAGCCCAUCUCACUCUGCUAUGGCGACCAGAACCCGCACUGGAUGCGAAGCGUCCGCUUUUUCCUCACACGCGCUAGCCUCCGCUCGCUUCACCUCCGCUUCUCCUCCCCCGACCAACUGCCUACUCUCGGCGCCUGCAUCGCUCGCAGCAGCCCCUCCCUCUCGUCCCUCCGCCUGGAGCUGCAAGGCACUGUUGGUUCCUCCAAGCACCAGGGGAACGAUUACUGGAAGCUGGGUUUCCUCAAGGAAUGCGCGCAGCUGCGGGAGUUGAACCUAGGUCGGGGCAUGUGGGUUCUGAACAGGGAGUGCGCAGGUGCGGCGGCAUGGUUCAAGUCGAUCCGCAAUCUGACCCUAGAACAGGUGCAUUUCAAGAGCUUGAGCUUCCAGUUUCUCCAGUCCAUCACGCCGCAGCUGCAUGAGUUCACGCUCUAUGAGGAUGGCAACGUGCUUCGUGAACAUCCCCGCGUGCCCUCCACCAGCCGCCUCGCCUUAUCCUUCCCCAAUGCCCGCCUCCUCCGCUUCCGCUUUGCCGCCACUGAGCUGCACCUCACCCUCUCUGUGUCCCCAGCAGCACUCAAGACUCUCUCAGUGAUCGCCAAACGGCUGGUCCUCUCCUGCAAGAGCACCACCCAUCUCGCUCUCCACCACCUCUCACUGUACGGCCAGGAGCGACUUAUCAUCUCCUCCCUCCGCCUCGCAUCCGCCAGGGUUGUCUACUUGGAUGGACCUGCCAGUGACCAAGAGGGAUUUUCCUGGACAGAAUGGCUUGGCAUUGUAGCGCCAACAGUGGAGGUUCUUAUAGUGAGGCACGGGGUGCCUAUAAAGAAGGUGGAGGCGGAGUGGGGGAGGUUGCUGAGCCUUGGGAUUGUCGUGCCUCCCUGGGACAGGGAUGCUCGUGCAAACAGCUGGAGUAUGGGAUACGGCACAGAUGCUGAGGGUGAGUGUGAGGAGCAUUUAGACGAUGGCAGGUUGCGCUUUUCUUGGGCGGAUGACCUGGGUUAUUUUAGCGAAGAGCCGGAUGAGGAAGUGGAUGAGGAUGACUAUAUCUUUGAUGAUGCUGAUGUGGAUGAGGGUGAUGCUGAUGAUGAUAAUGAUGAUGAUGAUGAUGAUGAUGAUGCUGAUGAUUAUGGUGGUGUUUAUGGUGUUGGUGGUUUUGGUGGUGAUGACUAUGACCGGCAGUUUUGGGCAAUGUAUGGUCCAGCCAUAAACGCCAAGAUAAGGGAACGGGAGCGGUUGAUGAAGGCCGUUUUUAAGCCGCCUUCCAUCCGCGCUCCGAAUCUGCGGUUUCUCUUCUUCCCCACCCGCAAGGCGUGUAAUGCGCCUGCACUGGCUGCACUGAGGCAGGACUACCCCGCCCUGGCGCUCUACUGUGUGGUGGACCGCUCCUUCUACUGGCACAGGAAAGGGGUGCCUGUGAGCAAUGUGCCAUUCGAGCAUGUGAGGCGGGCCAAGAGUGGGGUGUGGGAUGAAGAAGAGGGCGAGAAGCGGGCCAAGAAAGUGGGGGAGAAGUUGCAUAGUGUGAACAGGAAGCUGGUGGAGGGGUUCUGUGCUGAGGAGGACCAGACAUAUGUGCUGCAGUACCAGCAGAAGUGA